AUGGCGUUCUUGCACGGGGUGCUUAAAGAUGUCCACGCUAAACAGCCUUACAGCGUUGGUAAACAGCAGCUAAAUGGUGUGAUUGGUGAGCUUUUUAGUAAAUUAUGUUCAGGCCAUAAGGGUUUUAAGAGUGUCAUUACUGAGGUGGCCGCUGGUGUCGGGGAGUAUAAUGCUUUGGUGAGGGAGAGUAAUGAGAGGAUGAAGGGUGUUAUAACUGGGCUAUAUAAUCACGUAAAGAAUGGUAGUGAGUUUGAUAACGAAAUGUUUAAAAUUAAUGCUAAUAGUGUUACUGCGGAAACCGAUGAUGAUCAAGUGAACAAGGCAAAAGGAUUGGUAGAUGGAUGCAUUGGCGCAUCUAGGACUUUCUUAGGUGGCAUACAGUCGACUAGGAAUGACGUAGAUCGAUUAAAUUAUGAUUUAAAAUUAAAAGUUGAGAGUGCUAUUGAUAAUGUUCAAUACGCAUAUGAUACGUUGAGUAAAUUGUCUGGCAAAGAGAAAAAGGAUUUGGAUGAGACAUUGAAUUUGGUUAAAACCAGGCUUACGAAAUUUAGGGACGAUGUGAAAAAAAGGAUCCGUGGUGAUGUAACAACGCUGGUGAAAGAUUUGCAAGAGCUGAUUAAGAAGAUUAAAACAAUGUUAGAGAACAUUAAUAAGUGUCUGACGGAGUAUAUUGAGAAAUUGCAGAAAUGGAUUCAGGCGGCUGGAGAAGUGAGGCGUCUGGCAGAUGGGAAGGUGACGGAGAUUGUUCGGAAGUUGCAGGGGGAGGAUAAGUCGGAUAAAGCAGGUGAUAAGGGAGGCGUGACAGAUGCCGCACAGAAAUUGCAAAGGAAGGCUGACGAUCUUCAUCAGGCGGCGUUCAAGGCUAAGGAGGCAGUGAAGAGGCUGGUAAGCUUGGCAUUAACAGAAGUCAAAACGAUGGACGAUGCACUUAGGGCAAGUUUAAGAACAGUAAGAGAUGAGAUCAAAGCCCAGAUGAAUAAUUAUCUGAAAGGAGGUUUUGCCGAACUGGUUAGGAAGAAGGUAGAAGAGCUUGUUAACCCGAUUCAUGAGGUGGAAGGGCGUGAUCUUAAAGAGGACUUAGGUACAAUUGUUAGCAAAAUCGGCGAAUAUUCUAAAGAUUUCAAGCAGCGAUUCCAAGGGGCUAUUGAGAAGAUGGUUACAGGACUGCUGGGGACUAAGAUUAUUGAUAUGUAUCUUGGUACGCCUCUUAAAAACACAAAAGACGCAGCAAUAAGGACCAUAAGUAGUCAGAUUUCAAAAAUUGAUGCGAAGCCCAUUAUAAACUCAAAAAGCAAUGACGUUAAUGAAAUUUUUACCAGUAUCCAGCGAUAUCUUGAGGCAUACGCCUCGGCUGUUGAUCCAACGAAGAAUUUCAAAGCUAUUUCCCAGAAAAUUCUGAGUGAGCCGGAAGUAAAAGCUUUAUCGCUUCCUGAUGACGAUAUUAAUUUCACGUUCGCCCUCAAAACAAUCCUCACAGCGGUGAUGAAGGCGGCUGAGGGAGCAGCUGGGGAGCUUCAGAACUUUAUCGAUACGUCGCAGAUUGGGAACUUGAAGGCGGCUAUAACCAAAGCGCAGGGGCUUGGCAUCGAUGUUCAAAGGCAGCUCGGCGAAAGCGGUCAACCGGUCGCUGGGUCCGGCUCCACCGGUAGCAAAAACCUUUAUAACACAUUUAGUGGUUAUGCUGAUACCAUGUUGCAGAGGCAGAUUGGUGUGAAUGAUACAAAAAAUAUACCAGCUGCAUCUAGUCACGCAGAGAAAGUUGCGCUUGUUGAACACAAAUUCAAGGGUUACCUUGAGAGUGUAAAUACAUCGCAGGUCGUCUCUCCAGACGGUCAGCUAACCGGCGCUUCAGGCGAAGGCUCCCUCCCCCAGGCCAUCAAGAAGAUUGAGACGCAGGUGAAAGAGGCUUUGAAGACAAUUGAGAGUCUCAACGGCGAAGCCGAGACGCAGUUACAAACUACCUACCGGCAUCUCGACAGUUUAUGCCAAGCUAUCACGGAAUUUGCAGAAACCGGCCACGAUAGCGCUAAAAAGAACAUAACGGAGUUGAAAAGAAAAAUUGGCAUCACUCUAAAGGGUGAGCAGACAAGCUUCCAAAAAGUUCAUUAUAAUCUUAAUCAGCUUAGAGAAGAUAAUUUGAAGAAGGCAAUCAACGAUGCCGAAAACUUUUCUGUUGAAGCCGAUAAGGAAAAGAAGAAAACAAUCAGAAAACUCAACGCAUUUGUCACCUUCACAAUUGACAGUGUCAGAGACAACAUCACCAACGACCUGAAAUCCCGCUACGUCAAAUUCAUCAAGUCGCAGCUCACAAAGUUCGCCGAGAAAGUAGAAAAGGAAAUCGGAACGCUCCCAAAAGACAUAACAAAAGAUGCCGACAAGGGCUUUAAAGGCUUCAUGGGAGUGCUCGAGCAGAAAUUGACGGACAGUAAAAUACAAGAAUUGGGUGAAAAUGCUAAACUGGGAGAUUUAUCUCCCAAGGUUCAGAAGUUCUUCACUGACCUCCCAAAACGCUGA